AUGAACAUAUCAAUCAAGGAGAGCCUAGAACACAUUUGCAGAGUGUUCAAUUUUUUUGGUAUAGAUUACAUAACGGCAGAUUUACUGAGAAGAGGAAAAUGUGAGAAAAAUGGGAAGAAAAAAAAGAAGGUAAUUAUUUGUUAUAACUUCCUCAUUAAUGAUUUGUCUCUACUGUACUGUUUCGAUUUUAAGAGGAGAUUCAAACCGACCUACAGCGCGUACGUAGAAAAAGAAAUUUCUAGGGUAGAACGGGAAAUAUUCUCGAGGGGGAAAGAUGCUACUGGGUGUACUACACCGGGUAGAACCCCCUCAGGUGCAAAGGGUUCACGUGGCAGUGGCGACGUGGGAAACACUCCCUGGGGAGAAGAAUGCACCUACCGUAGUGGUGCACACGAAACGGAUGAUGCGGACGAAGCGGGUGAUGCAGACGAUGCAGACGAAGCGGAUGAUGGAGAUGAAAACGGAGGAGACCACUUCGUGGAGGAACUAGGAAUGGAUAAUGCUCCUUAUGUGGAAGAUCUGAAUAUCGUGUCCCCCAUGGCUGUGCUUCUUCUUGAGCAUUUUGAGUACCCUAGGCUGUACCACCUUCUCAAGUGCCAUUUUCAAAUGUGCAAGGAGUUGCUCCUAUGCAUCGGGUUCCUAAUUGACAGCACCCAAUUAUUUGAGCACUAUGAUAAGAGGCAGCCAUUUUAUGAGUCCUUCUUUCGGGACCUCAGAUGUGCUGGCAACCCAGGGGGGGGGCGAAGUACCUCUACCAGACAGAGGACAAACCGGAUGCAAGAAAAAACGCUGGAGAAGGCAAACGAAGGAGGAGGAGAAGCAGCAGCAGGGGGAGCAGGAGAAGACUACUUCCACGUAAUAAAUGAAGCCAUGCUGCUGCUUUCGAACCGACCCUACGAUUUGGAACUUUUCCAGUAUAGACACAUGUACCAGUUUUUGUAUGAACAGAAAGGCAGAACCCGUGGAGGAGGUGACAGGCAGAUGAGGGGAUCUGAACCCAUAGCAGGAGAGUUAAGAAGGGGGUCUGAACAUAGCGAAAGUGAGUAUUUAAAAAAAAGGAACACCAUACUGACUUCAAAAUGGAAUGCAAAACGGGGGAGUGAUCCCUUCAGUGAGGGGAAAAGCAUAACUGAGAAGGUGCACGACGGUUGUGUCGACCCCGAGGGGUGGAAUUCACCCAACGGGGAUGCCACUCCCACGGAAGAGGAACUCACUUUAGAGGAAUACGUAUCGUACGACUACGCAACAUACCAAGAAAAUUUCAUCAAUCGAUAUGGGCGCAGUUCCGGAGGGUUGGAAGACCUAACGGGGGGGGCUUCUUCAACAGGAAGUGUUUCCAACAGAAGCAGUCCAAGUGACGAAUUGCCCGUAGUCGCCGAUGAUCAUGUAAAGAUGUAUGUCCCUGAGCUGACAAGAAACGUUAACAAGCAUUGCAGUCAAUUGAUCCAACUGCAGAGGAAAAUAACUCAGAGAAUAAACCAUAUGCAACACUUGGACAAAAACCGACUCCUUUUGUUUCACAAAUUUAAUGCACUACUGAAUGCCUACAUGGAACCACACAAUGUCGUUGUUAACAUUGCCGAUUUGGACGACCUAAAUAAUUCAAUUCAAGGAAAGAAGUGUCUCGAUAGGACCAGAUCAAUGGGGAGUAAAAACAAAAAAGUGGACCUCAUGCAUAAUGCUAUGUUCACUGUGGAAGUCGAUUUUGAAAGGGAUAGAGAAAAUGUGAAGAAUAAAUUAUGCGGACGUGAAACGGGAGUCAACAAAGCGGCGAGUGCAUUUCCGAGCAAAGGACAUAACUCUGCAGGAGGAGGGGGUGUAUCACCCCGUCGUGGUGGAUACCCCAUAAACCACAGCAGUAACGUAGAGGAAGAACUACUUGAUGAUGUAAACUACGAACAUGUGCUGAGUGACAGAGUAACCAUUAAUGAAUUUUUCUUACUGAAUGAUCCGGCACUGUAUAAUAGAGUCUGCCAUGUGUAUAGGAACGGGGUGAACCUUUUCCACGUCGAACAACUACGGGCUGUGUUUUGGUUGUGGCUUCAGUCAAUCUUUCCGGACGGUGCUGUUGGGGAGGAAGAGACGGAGAGCGACGAUGCGUCUGUCAAUGGAGGGUCAGAGGGGCCAUCUGCCUCCGUCGACUUGUUUGACCUGAAUAACCACAAGUUUUUUUACGACAAUUUGGUGGCGCCUGCCGAGCCGGAGACCCUCUCCAUCCACGUGCUAAGCGACCUGAACAAUUUCGAACAGAAUUUCAAACUGCUGAAGGAGUACCUCCUGGACAAGGGGUGCACCAUCGGGUACAACAAAGUGACAGCCAAGGUAGGGGGGAAGCCAUACGACCAUACAACAAAACUGAGCAGUAUGACCAAAUACGUAAACGAUCUGCAUGCGGAAUUCGUUGCCUACUGUAACUAUAAAAAGAGGGCAAAGGACGUGAGCGACGAAAUGUUCGUUGAUUUUCUCGAGACAAAGAAAAAAAGUAUGACCAUCAGUUCCAGCGUCGAGAAGGAGGACUACACCAACCUGGCCAGCAUCGUCAACAGGCACCUCAUCGGCAUAGAUAAAAUUCUAAGGUAUAACCCCAUUUUAAAUUUCACCAACGUGGUCGAAGGAAUUAAAAGCCAAAAUUUCAUUCGGACGGAAGUGGAUGUCUCCCGGGUGGACUCCCAAGACUGGCACAACAUGUACGCCUUCCACAGAAAAAAACGCGGGGGGGUCCCCAGUCCCCUCGGAGAGGUCACCACCACUAGGACUGACCACCUUCCCCCCAACCAUGUAAUUAAUUUCACGACAAACUCAAAAUAUCAAAUAAAUACAAAGCCGAAGACGUAUGCCUCCACCAUUUUUAACUAUUCCGAUCAGUUUAUAUCGAAUAACGACAUUUAUUCCUUCUCCGAAAAUGUUAGCAAGUCGGGGAACGAGUUUGCUGCGUUUGUGAAGGGGAAGAGGGAGAAGUGCAGACACAACUUCCAUCACGUUUUGCGCAAGGUGGAGCGCUACAUGAAUUGCGUCGCGUACAACCUGUAG